ACAUGAGGGGCUAAUUGAUCGGAUCUCGUGCGAGUGUGUGUGGUGUAAAUAAAUGUGGGCUCUGUCAGAAUUACUGUUUACGUGCAGCCACAAACAGAACUGCUGAAAAGUUUUUGGAAUAUCGAGUGGGAUUGGAGUUUAUUGGAGUUGUGGGUGAUUCCGGGGUUUAGUGGGAGCAUUGGGGUGCGGAGAUCUGCGAGAACUGAGGAAAAUGGCUGCAGUUCAUAGGGAGGCGAUCCAGAAACAGAUCCAGCAAGACUGGGCUAACCGUGAAUACAUUGAAGUCAUCACUGGGAGCAUCAAGAAAAUAACGGAUUUUCUCAACUCCUUUGACAUGUCCUGCAGAUCUCGUUUAGCGGUUUUGAAUGAGAAGCUGACGACUUUGGAACGGAGGAUUGAAUAUCUAGAGGCUUGUGUGACGAAAGGCGAAACUCUAACAUAAGUUUAAGGCAUUAAUCGAAAAUUUAUUUACCUUUAUACCGUUAACUACGAAUGAACUUCCCUUUGCUACUACUUCCUACAAUAAAACCGAAAUUUUACAAUGAUUUCAAGACGUGGAUAAUCGAUGUAUAUUUCCGAAUAAAACCAAAUACCAAUGA